UAUUAGUGACAUUUACUGUUGCUUUUGUACGUAUGCAUGUGUAUAUGAUUUCCGUCGCCGAUUUAUGCCCGGAAAGUGCAGUGACAAAAGCAAUGCAUAGAAAUAACUGUAAAAAAAUGUUGUUAAAACAAAUAAGCGCAGACGUUGUAUAAAAUAAAUAAUAUUGUUCAAUAUUAUUGCACAAUUUAUUAACUGAGAGAGUGUUUUGCAUUAAAAUUUUGAAAAUUAAAAUUGAAAAAUGGAUAUACCGAACACUGGCGCCAUUUUCACGCUCGGCAAAUCGCAUUUGGCUGAGAACACGCAGAGCUACUUCUACAUCAAAAAUGAUCCGGUGAAACGGCUGAUAUCAGGACCGCAUCAAAGUGCGGUCAUUUGUGAAAGUGGACGAUUAUUUGUUUGGGGUGAAAAUCACUACGGUCAACUGGGUAUUGGCAGUCCGUCCAACCAAAAUGGCAACAAUAAUAAAAACCACAACGGCACUAGUCAUGGCGAUAUAAUUACGAAGCCAACAUGCGUGAAAUCAUUGAAAACGCUGGGUUUGAAAAUAGCCGACGUCGCUUUCGGCAACGAUUGGUCUAUAAUACUCACACAUUCAAAUGAACUGUUCUACACGGGUCGCAAUAUCUUUCCAAGCGACUCGAAUGUGGCGCGCAAUUUCAGUGUGGCCACCGUGGCGGAUGAGCAGUGUCAAAUUAUACGCAAGCCAUUUCGAAUUGAAGACCUGGACGAGUGUCUAUCGAAGAAUGAGGAUGCUGAGUGUUACACGCAUGUCUUGGCGGGCGAUGAGCACUUUGUGCUAAUGACCAGUUUUGGUCGUCUUAUUGGCUGGGGCUCGAAUCAAAAUUACCAGCUCGGUAUGCCCGCAGGUCACACAGUGCAGAAGCCACAUGAAAUAGAUCUCGGCGCACCAGUGCAACAAUUUGUUUGUGGACCCGAGUCGACGCUGGUGCUCACCACCACGGGCAAGCUGUAUUUUUCCGGUCAUCUAAAUGACUUUGUAUUCUCACAAUUUACCGAACUACAACAAAAUCUCGGACCAACGGAGCAAAUUAUAUUCAUGCACAUUUCGAAGACUAAUGACAUAUUUAUUGUGACCAAUGCCGGCAGCAUUUAUCGCAGCAUCGAAUCGGUGCGUUCGAAAAGUCUAAUAUUUCAGCGAUUCUACGACUAUGAUAGCGAAGAAAAUGGACCGAUUUGGAAAUUGCUGAAGGGCUUUUCCUUCUAUGCCGUGCUGACGAAAGCGAAUAAGUUUUACACGACAUUCUCGGAGAGCGGUCAUCAUUUGAAGACGUUUCGUGAGAUUUCAAAAUUCAAAAAUUUACGUCUACUCGACGUGGCAGUGGGUAAUAAGCAUAUAUUGGUGCAUGGCAUACCGCGUUCAUCAACGGUCCCAGCAAGCGUGAGCGGCAGCGCUGAACCACAUCGUUUUGCGAGCCGAACCUUCGUAAUGCCACCGACUUUGGUGAAUGGAACGGGUGCUAAAGGCUGGAGUCAGGUGCACAGUGCAACAAAAGUUGAGAAUAAAGAUGGCGGCAAGGUUGAAGCAGAGGACACGAAGUUGGCGGAUGCGAAUAGUAAUGUGAUGCCGAAUGGCGCAAAUAAUGAACCAAUUGAAGUGGCAGUGGAAAAAUCAGUAAUCAAAACAGUUGCUGACGAACAUAAUGGAAAUGUUAGUGAAACGAAGGCAGAAGUCACUAGGUCGACAAGCGCUACGAGUACAACAAAAGCAGAUAAGCAAAAGACACAAGAAAAAGAACCGGACGCCGAGAAAAAUAUAGAGGUGAAUCGCGUUGCGGAAAAUAAUGGCAACGUUAUAAAACAAACCGAAACUAACGGUAAUCUAGAGAUGAGCGAAAGUGAACCCGCUAAGGAAGCCAAACAUAUAUUAGCUGCUACAGAGGCUAUGGUGCACAAUGAGGCAAAAUCACCGACGAACUCGAUCAAAUCUAUUAGAUCUAUAAAAUCGGCACAUUCCGUUAAAUUUUCGCCAACAGCGCUAAGCAAGAAGGCUUCGCCGGCAACCGAUAAAUUGCUACGACCACAUACGCCUUACCCGGACAGCAGCACAACUUCGAGUACACCGACAACUAUCAAGAAAACGACACCGUUGCGAAAUUUCUCUUACGAAGCGGCAAUGGAUCAUGAUCAUAUUGAUAGCACAUCGCCUGUGCUGAUGGAUAGCUUGGAAAAUAUAUCAGAAAGUACAGAAGGCGAAAGGGAGCAGAAAAACGCACUGGCCUCAUCAGCUGUACUGCCAUUUGAGGAGGACGAGCAGCUGACAGUGGAGAUAAACACAACAACUGAUCCGCUAAAUAGUACUAUUGUUGUAAAUGAAAUACGUUUUAUAAAUAAUGGAGUGGAUGUGACGGACAAUGUAAAGGCGGCGUCGCUUGAACGAGAGGAUACCGAGAGCACGCUCGACUCGUUAGAAGAGCAAGCGGAGCGCAUAACUAGUAAAUCUAAUGAAACUCUAAAUAAUUUCAGUCAAGGUCAUAACUCAGAUGUGGAAGAGCUCGGUGGUGUCGGGGAGGAAAUUAAAACAACAAUGCAAAAAAUUGAAGAUAAUGCCCAAAAGGUGACACAUACAAUGGGAAUUAAAGUAGAUGAAGCUGAAACGGCAGUAAAAAAAAUAGUCGAUUCAAAGUUAGAGAAGGUAAACGACGCAGCAAAUGACGUAAAAGAUGACUUGGCGCAUAAAGCAGCACAAAUAGAUGAAGACAUCAAAACGACAAAAACUGAGCUGAAAACAAACGCGGAAAAGGUGAGUGAAGUCAUAACUAAAGAGAUCAAAACGACAAAAUCUGAGCUGAAAACAAACACGGAAAAGGUGGGUGAAACCAUAACAGAUAAAAUGGAAAAUGCAGCCAAAAAAGCCGCUACAGCAGCCACCGACGUGCGUGAUACGGUAGAAACGGCGGCCAAAAAUGCUGCGGCAGGUGCACGUGACGCUUUCGAAACGGUGGGUGACAACGCUAAGCGUGUGGCAAAUGACACCAAGACAACAGUCGAAAGUAUAAGCAACAGCGCAAAACGCGCAGCAACCGGUGCUAAAAACGCCGUCGGCAAUGUUUUUAUCAAAAUGUCAGACGGCACUAAGGAUGCGGUUGACUCUGUGGCUGCAAAAAUCGCUAGCGAGGUGUCUGGUGCUAAAGAAAAUAUAAACACAAUGUUUCAAAGCAAGACACUUAAACCCACGCCUGUGGAGGAAGAUGCAGUGUCAUCAGCGUCAGAGGCUGCAUCCAAAGGUGGACUAAAAACUAAUACAACCACCAAUGGUGAGGAUGAUGAACGCACAACAGCAUCCGUAAAUUCCACGCAAAACUCUACUGGUAAUCCCUUUGAAGGCAAUAAUCCAUUUGAAAAUGACGAAUUUGACGAUGUGGUUGAACGUGGUAAGAAAGCAAUGCAGGAAGAGAUCAACACUGUGCAUCGACAAGUGGCUGAAGAGAUAAAGGAUACCGAGAAGGAAACAAGUAAAGUGCGCAAAUUUUUCAGCGAAAUGCGUGGUAUAUCUUGUCGCAAUGAAAAAUCGGUGGCAGUUGAUGAUGAUCCACCACGUUAUUCUAUAGAAGAUAAGUAUCCUACACCAGCACAUCGUGACCGGGAGCAAAAUAACACGUCAAAAGUAUGCUCAAUAUUAUAAAUAUUUUCGGCUAAUCUUACACAGACUAAGAUAUUAUG